GAUCCGCCGGUUAUUACAUCUUGUCAGUCAGUCAAAAUGUUGUAGAUGCUAGUUGGUAAAUUCGAUGAGUACAAGAGAUGACUCGUAUCUGAGAUUGGAUUUGGUGGAAUCCUGAAGUUGCCGAUGAUUCCGAGGUUGGAUCUGAAAAUGAGCGCUUGGGUCAUGAGGAAGGCAAAUCCUCGGUGUCGUGUAAUUGAAAUAGACGAAGAGAAGAAGAUUGCUUUCACAGCUGAAGAUUUCCACAAGGUUUUCGGCGUCCCGUGUGGGAACCGUGAUGUGUGUGGCAGGGAUGCACAAAUUGCUGCUCCGGCAAUCAAUUUUAUCAAGCGUACAAUUGGUAUGGAUGGUUCAGUUGCUCAAAAUUUGAAAGCGGCUGAAAGCUUCAUACACAGAGAGCUUUCUGAGGAUUCUAGUAAGAUGAAGAAGGAUUGCUUUCAGAUUGCUUUUGUAGUUUUUGUGUUGGGUUACCUGAUAGCACCGUGCACGAAGUAUGACUCGAUGACAAUUGAUUUCUGGGGUGCUCUGUCCAACCCGGAAUUGAUAGCACAAUUCAGUUGGUGUGAAUAUGCUAUCCAGAAGCUGAUGGCAGCUGUAUCGAAGGUGCAGAAUGAUUAUCAGAGCAAAGCAGCAACGGUCCAUCUCUUCGCGUGCCAUUUUUUCUUCCAGAUAUUCUUGCUGGAUAACAUUUAGCUAGGGUUGUUCAACAUGCCACACACUGUAUUCCCCCGUGCGCAGCGCUCUGGCCAGAAAACACUCAGUCAGAUGAUCAUAAUGGCGUACGGCAUGAAGCAGGGAAAGUUCACUUAUGUCCCUGCAGGGGUGCGCCCGGCGGAACUAGUUUGCUAUACGCGGACAGAUGCGAGGUGUCAAGGCUUCACUGAUGGUGAUGUAAUGUCAGCCUCAGGGAAAUACCCAAAGGUUGGGGUGUCUGACAGGGUGGAACAGCGGACUCCAGAAUUGUUUGUACCUGGCACAACAACACGAGCAGAUACUCUGGGUGAUGCGAGGUCGGUAUUUGUGAGGAUGUGCCUGUUGUGGUUAUAAAUGUUACUAUUUUAACGGACUUUGUUAUUCUUGAUAUUCCCGAGGACGAUAGUAUGUCGAUUAUCCUUGGUAGACCCUUUUUGAA